AAAUAAACGACAUAUUAAGUACCUUUGCGCAUGCUCCAACAUUUACACGCUUUUCAACGUUCUACCGGCUACAUCUUUUCCUUGAAAUUAGAAAAUAUAACAGAUAAUCAUGGCUACCCUGCCUAUGAACCCAAAGCCAUUUUUGAAUGGUCUGACUGGAAAACCUAUCAUGGUAAAAUUGAAGUGGGGUAUGGAGUAUAAGGGUUAUUUAGUAUCUGUAGAUGGUUAUAUGAAUUUACAGUUGGCAAAUACUGAAGAAUAUAUUGAUGGUAUGUUAGCUGGAAACCUGGGAGAAAUUCUUAUCAGAUGUAACAAUGUCUUAUAUAUAAGAGGUGUGGAAGAAGAGGAUGAAGAAGGAGAAUUUAAAGACUGAUCAAUCAUUUAUCAUCUUUAUCAUUCAUUGAAUAUAUCAUUAUCAUUGCGCAUUAUCCAUGUAUAUCUUCAGAGGUCUAGAACAGUCAGUUAACUUUAGUGGGGGGUCUCUUGUGACUUGAGCAAUCAUAGUAUCUGAUUGUUAAAAUCAUUUAUCAAUUAAUCUCGGCCUAACUGUAGGAAAUACUGUCAUAUUGAAACUUCCCAUCACAAUCAUAUUAUGGUAUUGUUGGAUACAUCAUUUUGUUUAACUUGUAUGUGGAAGAUUAAAACAUGUCCUUAAAAGUGUAUUUUGUUUCAAAAGGGCAUUUUCAGGGCCAUCACAAUAGCAUAUACAUAUUCCCACAUGUACACACUGACACUUGUGGCUCACCCAGCUAAGUACUUUGGAUUUGAAUAUUUUAUGUGAUAGGCAAAUUAGCUCAUGCAAUGUCAACUGUUCC